AGAGAGAGAGAGAGAGAGAGAGAGUGCUGCACAGACACCGGCUUGACUGUGUUACUGAGGCAUUUCUUCAUGGUAUCUGAGAAAUGUUCCUGUUGAAGGGAAACUGUUCAUCUUCUGUCUGCUGUAGAGAAGUACGGUGCAUCCCAGUAUACCUACAGGGAUUUCGGCUCAUUAACUGACCAGGGCUCUGGCAUUUCUGACCCCCCUCCCAACCCCGUUCUCGGGACCUUCCCCCACAUUGCCCUCUGACUCACCUGAGAGAAGACGGCAAAAGACCUGCAGAUCCCUCCCCUCAGAAUACUGCUCAUUCACCUGGAGAGAGUGGACAUACAAGAUACAGGAUGGACAACAGAUAUGCUCUCUCUCACGCUGCAUUGGCUGCUUGACUCACUUCUGGUUUGGAAGAGAGACGCAGAGAGGAGUGCGAAGACAAACUUGUGUUCCCCUGGAUUAGAAUUCGAUGAAAGCUGGUCCUGAUUACAGGAGCGAGGCUUUUAGGAUGAUCUUGGGAAGCAUCAACCGAACAGGGGCUGUCCCUACAUUUCUGCGGACACCCACAGUCAUCCAGCCUCAUCUGGAUAUGAAGCCCUUUCUACAGUUUCCAAUGGAGACUCCUUCUCCACACAGUGUUGGGCUCUUCCACAACUUCAAUGCGAUGGAUCCUGUUCAGAAGGCAGUGAUCAACCACACCUUUGGAGUCCCACUGGUGAAGACCAAACGGCCAAUCAUUUCCUGUAAUGUCUGUCAGAUCCGUUUCAACUCUGAGAGUCAGGCAGAAGCCCACUACAAGGGGAACCGUCAUGCUAGGAGAGUCAAAGGCAUUGAGACCUCCAAGAGCCGCCCACAAGACAGUGACAAACCUCCUCCCGGACCCGUCUCGUCACCCUCACCUACGGGACCCUUACCGGCCAUCUCUGAUACUGACCCCAGCAAAACAGAUGAGACACAGUCAGCUCCACAGUUAAAUGGACCUUCGGUGGCCCCAGAGCCCAUGGCCAUUUCUGCUCCCCCUACCCCAGAAUCCCCCGGUCCUUCUGCCUGUCCUCUUCUGCCCACCCCCACUACCCCUCAACCAUCUCCGGCCACCUCCUCAUCUCCUGGCUGUGGCUCUUCUAACCCAGAGCAGACUGGCACCGGGACCCCUGGGGCACCAUCAGUAACUCCCAGCAACCCUGAGACCGAAGAGGACAAAGCCAAGAAGCUACUUUACUGCUCACUGUGCAAAGUGGCCGUCAAUUCACUCUCCCAGUUGGAGGCCCACAAUAAAGGCACUAAACACAAAACCAUUCUGGAAGCCCGCAGCGGAUUGGGCCCCAUUAAGGCGUACCCUCGUUUGGGUCCAAAGCCCAGUGGGGAGCAGGGAGGCGGGGCCACAGACCCCAAUACUCAGGAACGCACCUUCCACUGUGAGAUCUGCAAUGUGCGGGUCAACUCAGAACUGCAACUUAAACAGCAUAUAUCAAGUCGAAGGCACCGAGAUGGUGUGGCAGGAAAGCCAAACCCCCUUUUGAGCCGACACAAGAAGCACAGGGGAGCUGACUUUGCAGAUCUCACCAAAGCGUUGGGCGCUGGCCUCUUGCCAAGUCCUCUGGCUAUUGCUGCAGCAAUGGCAGCAGCCGCCUCCUCCAAUCAGCUUGCUCUCCGCGCAGCAGCCCCCACCCACCAUCCACAUCAUCACAUCCUGCAGGGUCCGCCUCUCAGCCACACCAUCUUGAGACCAGCUCCAGGGCCCAUACGCACAUCGCAUGGUCCUAUUCUGUUCUCACCAUACUGACUUCGCCCUCACCCCCCCCCCCCCUUUGUCCAAUCACAGCCAGUCUGGAGCCUCACCUCCAAAAGCACACUGUGAAGACAAAAAAAUAGUGAAACACCACAGCAAUGACAAAAAUCGGCCCAUCAACAAUAACGUCAAUUAUUAACUCAAGCAGAAGGGGGCGCAUCCAUGAAGGAGGGUGCGACUGGCGUUCCAACCCUCUUUCCAUCUCUGUCUCUGUUUGUUCGGAUCGAGUGAUUUAUGAAUGGUCAAAUGCGGAGAUUGUUGGAAUAGAGCAAUAUUGUACGCUGAGUGCAUCUGACGUCCUUGUACCUUCCCUCUAUUUCUACUCAUACUGUGAGGUAGCAGCAGUCACGUGGUAGCCAGACAUGCUGGAAUGAGUUCUUUCUGGACACCCAAAACACACAACCCAACACACAAAGACUACAGAUAAAUGUUGUUCUGAAAAAAAUGCACCCUUAACCCUAUGCACCUUGAGAAACCAUCAGUAUGCUUCUCAAAGUAUUCACUGUAUUCAACUAGUCUUGUCUGGCUUUGGCAUCUUUGCA